GUGCUGAAAGAAACAUCUGCAAACACUGUCGUCCUUGAUCGUUCAAGGUCAGAACGACACGGAGUCCUCUGAACAGGCUUAGGAUGUGUUGUGUUGGGUUGUGUGUGGCUGUUGUGUUCGACAUGAAAAAGUGUUUGUUCGUGACUUGCGUUCGCAUUUAAGCGCAAAGUCCUGCGGGAACGCGCGGCAGAGCUGUCGUAACGCGUGUUUCAGAGGCAGGUUCGAGGAUCACCAGCCGUGAGUCUGCGCACACACAGCGCAGCAGCAGCAGCAGCAGCCUCGGAAAGGUCAUCGCGAUCCGUCAGUGAGGGUUUCGGCUGACUCUGAGGAGUGUGUGAGGCGCGAGCACUGAGAUUUUGGACACUGUUGCGAUUCUCCUUCACCAGGAGCAGUUUCUCUGAAAGUGAUUGAGGACUUGAACACUUGGGGUGAUGGCUGCGUCGGCACCCUCCUCUUCCUCCUCUGGCGGCGAUCCGGAUCCUAACUCGACAGAUUUACGGCCACCAUCCUCAAACUAUGACUGGAGUGGAGUCGCUCAUGGAUGUACAAGGAAACUUGGAAUGAAGAUAUGCGGAUUUUUGCAGAAGAACAAUAAUGUUGAGGACAAGAGCCGAAUUGUCGGGUUUUUUAACGAUCAGCAGCCCAGGAGUAUUUUAACACGGGACAACGCGCGCGAGUCUGGCUUCAGGCGCACAGAGACUGACUUCUCCAAUCUGUACGCAAGAGAUCUGCUUCCUGCUAAAAAUGGAGAGGAGUACACCAUGCAGUUCCUGUUGGAGGUGGUGGAGAUCCUCACUAACUAUGUGCGGAAGACCUUCGACAGAUCCACAAAAGUGCUGGACUUCCAUCAUCCACACCAGCUGCUGGAGGGCAUGGAGGGCUUCAACUUAGAGCUGUGUGAUCAGCCCGAGAGCCUGGAGCAGAUCCUGGUGGACUGCAGGGACACGCUCAAAUACGGAGUCCGGACAGGUCACCCAAGGUUUUUUAACCAGUUGUCUUCAGGUCUAGACAUCAUUGGCUUAGCUGGAGAGUGGCUAACCUCCACUGCCAACACUAACAUGUUCACAUAUGAGAUUGCACCAGUGUUUGUACUGAUGGAACAGCUCACCCUGAAGAAAAUGCGAGAGAUUAUUGGCUGGCCAAAUGGAGAGGGCGAUGGAAUUUUUUCACCAGGAGGAGCGAUCUCAAACAUGUACAGCGUGAUGGUGGCGCGCUAUAAACACUAUCCUGAGGUUAAAAUCAAAGGCAUGGCAGCGGUUCCCAGACUGGUGCUGUUCACCUCAGAACAUAGUCACUACUCUAUAAAGAAGGCCAGUGCAGUGCUGGGUUUUGGCACAGAGAAUCUGAUCUUGCUGAGAACAGACGAAAGAGGUAGAGUCAUUCCAGCUGAUCUGGAGGCCAAAGUCAUUGACGCCAAACAGAAGGGGUUUGUGCCGAUGUUUGUGAACGCCACAGCUGGAUCUACAGUGUAUGGAGCCUUUGAUCCAAUCAAUGAGAUCGCUGACAUCUGUGAAAAAUACAACCUGUGGCUUCAUGUGGAUGGAGCGUGGGGUGGAGGUUUGCUGAUGUCCAGAAAACACAGACACAAGCUUAACGGCAUUGAGAGAGCUAACUCUGUCACAUGGAACCCACACAAGAUGAUGGGUGUCCCACUACAGUGCUCCGCCAUUCUGGUCCGAGAGAAGGGUCUGCUACAGGGAUGCAACUCCAUGUGUGCUGGAUAUCUCUUUCAGCCGGAUAAACAGUAUGAUGUCACCUAUGACACGGGGGACAAGGCCAUACAGUGUGGCCGUCAUGUAGACAUCUUCAAAUUCUGGCUCAUGUGGAAGUCAAAGGGCACUAUUGGCUUUGAGAGACACAUUGACAGAUGUUUGGAGCUGUCUGAGUAUCUCUACCACAAGAUCAAGAACCGAGAAGGAUAUGAGAUGGUGUUUCAAGGGGAGGUGAGUGAAAACACAACAGAGUUUACCACUGUCCAUAAUUCAGUUCAGUUCAGUUCCUCUUUAUUCAUUUCCCGAAGACUAGCAGAGAGUUGCUCUACGUUCUACAAUCUGGUAAGGGCCUGUAACACACUUGUUCAGCAAGAUUCUCCUCAAACGUUUGCUCUGACAGCAGUUGACCUGGGUUGA